UGAGAAUCUGUCAAAACCGUCAAAACAAGAUCGAUUCUUACACAGCGUGGUCGUUCGCCGGAGCGCGAAUCGUAUUUUUGUGGUGUUUUUCGUAAAAGUUUCGACUGAAUUCCAAUAAAAACCGAUUGGGAGUGUUCCGCAUCCGGCACCGAUUGUGCUCAACGACAGAUAUGGCGCUUAAAAUCACCGGCAAAUCGGAAGGGCAACUGCAGUUGCACCUUUAUACCAAGCAGAAACAAUUCGCCGUUCCGGAUGUUCCUUACUCGAUUCGGGCCAACGUCAGCAACAAGGAACUGAACGUAUUGAUCAAUACGUUACUCAAGGACUCGGGAAAUUCGGAGGCCGGUAAGGUGGAGUUUGAUUUUCUGUUGAAUGGGGAAUUCGUCAAGAUCCCUCUGGGGCAACACCUCAAGGAGAGGGAAAUAUCGUUCGAGGACACGGUUGAGCUGGAAUACGUAGAACGAUAUCCGGCACCGGAACCGCAAGAUUGCCUGCUGCACGACGAUUGGGUAUCGGCCGUCGAAGCCAAAGAUAAUUGGAUCCUGACGGGUUGUUACGACAAUACCUUGAAUAUCUGGACCACCAAAGGGAAGCAUAAGCUAACCAUUCCGGGACACAUAGCCCCAGUGAAGGGAGUCACCUGGAUAUCGCUAGACGAGGAGAAGGGCGUCUUUGCCAGCGCAUCGCAGGACCAAACCGUAAUGCUGUGGGAAUGGAACGUUAAGGCAAACUCCGUGGAGUGCGUACAGGUUUGCAAAGGACACGAACGCGGUGUGGACUGCAUUGCCGCAAACCGAAGCAAAACGCGAAUGGCCACCGGAAGCUGGGACACCAUGCUCAAAAUUUGGUCAACGGACGUACGCAACGACGGAGAUUCGCAACCCUCGACCAGCAAGCGACAGAAACUGGACACGGAAAAGGCGCGAACUCCCGUCCUGACCCUGGCCGGGCAUCGGGAGUGCAUUUCCGGGGUGCAGUGGAUCGACGACAACACGCUCGUGACGUCCUCGUGGGAUCACACCAUCAAAAUCUGGGAUCUGGCUCUGAGUGGAAUCAAGUCGGAAAUCUGCGGACACAAAUCGUUCUUCGAUUUGAGCUAUUCCCACCUGAACGGACUGAUCAUCGCUGCCUCACCGGACAAGAAUCUGAGGCUGUACGAUCCGAAAUCGAAUCAGGGAACCAUCGUCAAGAAUACCUAUCUCGGCCAUACACAGUGGGUUCAAUCGGUGCGCUGGAGCACCACCAAUGAGUACCUGUUUGUGUCCGGCGCUUACGACAACCACGUUAAGCUGUGGGACUACCGUAGCCCGAAGGCGCCCAUCUUCGAGCUGAUCGGCCACGAGGACAAGGUACUGGCCUGCGAUUGGUCGAACCCGAAGUUUAUCCUCUCCGGAGGCUCGGACAAUUCCGUGCGCGUUUUCAAGUCUAAGAUAGCAAUAGGAGAGCAGAAGUAAGGUAGCAUUUACCACUUUAUUACAUAAUACAAAUUAUAACAGAUUUUUUUUUGGUAAACACA